CCAUAUCUUCCAUGUUAGGGAGGACUCUUUGAGCUGCUUAGGGUUUUACGAACUUCUUUAAAACUGAAAGGCUCUUGCGCUUGACUGAAUAGUUCAGUGCUUGCACGUUGACUCGUUUGUUUCCUUGAUUGAAAGACUCAUCCAACUGUUUCAUAUUAACAUUAGUGACACAUGCGUGACUAUAAAAGACUGACCCAUCAGCACCGAGCAAGCCUGGCAUUACAUUUAAGGGCUGCUGACACUGCAUGGUACUGUAGAUGACAUUAUUAGAAUAGUGCAAUUGUAAAAGGUCUUGUAUAGAAAGUAACUCCUCUAACCCUUAAUGCUUUCCUGCCGGCCGAUGCCUAUGUCUCCCAGUCAUAUCUUGGUGGAUAUUUACAGUGGUUAUCACCUGCCUUUCUUAGUCCCUGGGUCUGACUUCCUGAAAAUAGGCAACUUUUUUUUCGAGAGACAGGACAUUUAAGCCUUGCUUCCACCAAAAAAAAUUCCCUUUGCCGCAUCACCGUUGUUAUAAUCAAAGACACACUAACAGUCCACUAACUAAGUCAAUGUUCUUCAACACUCAGAAGAAAACACUUAGAUUAGUAUUGGCAGUGUUCGUUCCCAGUCAGCAGUAAUGCCACGUCGGAUCAUCCAGCGGCUGCGUUCAGCGCCAGAGACACGUAAGAGCUCAUCUUGGUGUCCCUAGAUAACGUGGCUUGACAGUACUGUGUCAUCUCUUAUUUUAACCGGGGACCGGCGUGAUCCCAAGCUGACGUGGACAGAGGAGGUCGUGCUGAAAUCACGUGGCCCGGCUGCGUAGCUGUGACUGUCGCAGACUGAUCUGCAGAGAUUAGAGAUUAUGAGUCCUUCGCUCUCGCCAGCCUGUUUGAGCUCUUAAUCUGAGUGAUGGAUUAUGGCAUCAAGGUCUGUAUCUGGUGGGGAGGAAAAUGAAUUGCCUGGCAAGCAUUGAAGGCUAGGAUUCAAGUGCCCUUGAGUGGGUUGGGUCGAGUCUGAGACCUACUGCUUCGGGCGGAUCAGAUUCCCCUCCUAACCAACAAACUGCAAGUGGCCUUCUGGAUGUAGAACUUCUGGUCUGAAAAGUGUUUCUGGUAGAGCUGCUGUGGAGUGGUCUCUGUGGAUUAAAAAAAACUCUUUUGUACUUCCAGUUUUGGUUUUUCCUUACAAGGCAUAAUCAGCAUUUUGCAAGGCCCAGCUGGACCAGUGAGACACUUGACCAUCACUGGGAGGAUGAAGGUGAAGUGGACACAGCUGGGGCUCAUAUUCUUUCUGCUGCUUUCCCUCAUCAUGACUGGCUGCUUCUUCUGGCAAUACCAGCUACCGAAAUUGGAGCCAGAUGGAAGCACAGGAAGCAGUACCAAGGCAGAGAGGAUGUGUCCACGCUUCCCAGAGCCCAUGCCUCUGCAGCAUCCCAUCCCAAGCCUGAAGGUGGCGCUGGAGAAGGUGGACUCUGUCUUUAGGCAUAUCGUCGACCCUUUGAGUCUUCCGGCUCUGUCAGCCAUUGUCAUCUUCAACGACACGGUGCUCUGGAUAGGAAAUUUUGGCAAGAUGAAUGGAAGUGACCCUCUGUCCACUCAACCGAAUGAGUAUACGAUAUACAGGAUAGCCAGCCUGUCUAAGAUUUUCCCAACGCUGAUGCUCUACAAGUUGUGGGAAGAGGGAAAGGUUGGGUCCCUAGACGACCCCCUGGAGAAGUAUGUGGAGAACUUCACCAUAAAGAACCCCUUGGGGAAGACCCAGGAUACAGAGCACAAGUAUGUGACAGAUGGCCUGAUCUUCCUGGACAGUGGAGAGGCACAUGUCCGGUCCUCCCCCGUCACCCUCCGCAGGAUGGCCAGUCAACUUUCUGGAUUGCCCAGAAGACUCAGGGCUACCAACCUGUUGUGGAAGGGAAAGACGCAGGCAGCUGUCAAUCUGUUGCAAGAUGAUGUUCUCAUUGCAGAUCCAGGGACAAAGUGCCACUAUAGUAAUUUAGCAUUUUCUUUGCUGGCUCACGUGUUGGCAGAGAAGGUGGCUGGGCUUGACUACCAGCACUGGGUGUCCCACAACAUCCUGGAUCGCCUAGGUAUGGAGAACACAGGCUUUGACAUCACACCUGGUGUCCAGAUCCAGAUGGCUGUGGGUGUGUAUACCAGUGGGCAACCAGCGCCCUUGUAUGACCUGGGCUGGUACCGGCCAUCGGGGCAGAUGUUCUCCACGACUGCAGAUAUGGCCAGGCUGGCCAUGGUGCUGCUUGGGGCCUACCAUCAGAAGCUUCUUGACCCCGAUACCCUGAAAGUCAUGCUGACGCCCCUAUUCCGCUGUGAGAAGGAUUACUUCGCCAACCACACAGGCACUCCCUGGGAGGUGAACGAGCAGCUCGGGUAUGAGGUCUUACGUAAGGACGGUGACCUGGAUGGCUACUCUGCCACAUUCUCCCUGGUGCCCCGACUGAAGCUGGGCCUGGUGGUCCUCAUGGCUGGGUCCCGGCCCAAGAAUGACGACAUGGUGGCCAAAGCCUACAGUCACAUCAUCCCUGCCAUGGAGGGGGCGUUCAGAGAUGCCAAACAUGUCCUGACCCCACCUCCCAACCCAUCGCCUUACGUAGGAUUCUUCACCUACAGAAACAUCACCUUCUACGAGAUCAGAGCCGGUUCGGACGGGGUCCUCGUCAUGCAGCAGUUCGGCCCUCAAAUCGAGGAGCUCAUCCCGGAAAGGUACAGGACGAUAAGGCUGGACUACCUGAUGGACAGAGUCUUUAAGGUGGCAUUUGAGAAAGAAUACCCCUGUGUCUUAAGGGUCAGCUCUGCCGCCGUUUCCUUAGAGGCUCAGGAUGGGCAGCUUAUCAAUUUCCACGUCUUUGACAAGAAGGGCAUCUCUCUGGGUUUCGACGCCCCAGGCCUGAACACCUACAACGUGCUCCGCAUUUCCCACAGGCCAGCGUUCGCUAAUUAAUGUCUCAAGGAUGGAAAUGGUGAACAAACAAGCGAGGGACAUUGUACCAUCAACGUGGAUGUGUUCACGACUGGCUAAUCGAACAGUCCCUCCAAAUAACUGGGUCCGGAAAUGUGUGUGAGAAAGCAGAGUUACUGUAUGCUAUAGCAACAGAGCUGCAUAAUUUAGAGAUUCUGUGAAGAGAGAUAUGACAACAGUGGAUUCCAGGAUACUUAGACAAUAGGAUAUGGUCUGAAAGAUUUUCAAGAAAAAAGCCUAUAUAAAAUGUCAUGCCCUUUCUUUGGUAUUGUAUUGUAACCGAACGGGACUCAAAAUGCAUGACAUACGCAGGAUCACUGCACUCGUAAGGGAGACGUGAGUGGAAUCUGGGACGGCUCUGCCAGGGAGAACUUCGCUUCAAUCGGUUCGUUGUGAAAUUACCUGUAUAGUUUGAAGAAAGAGGCAGCUUAUCUCCAAAGUGUCUUUGGGGGAAAAGGUCGAAAUAGUAAUAGAGUGAUGUUUUUUUUGACAGCUCUUUAGCCAUUUCUGUCUGGGGUAAUGAUUUUGAAGAAUGGAAUUACAGAUUAGUUUCACUUAUCCCAUGUUUUCAGUUAUUUGUAUAAAUCUGAAGAUUCUGUUCUGCUUUACUCUGAAGCUGGUUUGGUUCCCUACUUGUCCCCAAAUCCUGUACCAAUAAUGAUUUUAGAAAAGCUUUUCCGAAAUCUGUUGCUUGCAGCCAAGUGACUGCGUCUUUGUGGUAGUUACUGCAACACUUACGCAUUCUUAGACAGAUAAAAAUGUUUGACUCAACUUGCUUUACAGGAUUUUGUCUUCAGUCUUUUCAGUGGUGGCCACCCCUGCAUUAUUAAUGUCAUCUGAUCCGAACCAACUGCAUCUUAACAGUGUGACCAAAUAGUGACUCUUCCAUUGAAAAUGCCUGUCUGCUAUUUUAUCUUUAGCAUUUAACUCCUAAAGCUAAAAUUAGAAAAGCUAACAGAAGGAAUUUUAAAAGUCUAAUGUAGUGUGAUUUUCAUUUGCCUGAAUUGUUCCUUUUUGCUACACAGUUCUAGUUAUAAACUAUAAAUGUCUGUAAAAUGAUGAGUUACGAUCUUCUAAUUCUGACAUCACUUUCCACUUUUCUGUCAUAUGACUGCAAGGUGUUUUUAGGGGUUUUUCUCACACCUGCCAUUUGUUUGAUGGGGAGUUACAGAAGCAAAAUGGGAGGGGCGGCUUCACAGAAGGCUCGUUUACAUUAAACUAGUGGCUGAUCGAGCUCCUUCACAGCUGUUGUGUUUUAGCACAGGCCUCAUCCGUCUCCUUCACAGCCAGCCAAAGUGCAUAGCACAAGGCUAGGUGCGAGUUUGUUCUCUCUUCCCCUUGUUCUCUAGAGCUUGAAGACCCGCCUCACAAAUGUGUCGCCGCGACAUGUUUAUGAAACGCUGAAAUCAAGGCCCAUUUCUGGGGGCCUGUAAUCCUUGUAGCAUUCUUGCGAUUCACUUAACAUUAGCAUGCAUGCUAAAUGCAAAUUUUCCUUCUUUUUUCAAUUCCAAACCAAGAUUUUGUGGCAGUUUUGGGGAAGGCCAAGGAGUGAGUUUCGAUCUUAUGGUGUUAGUAGCCCCAAUAUCACCAUUACGUUAGUUACGGCGGGUAAAUCAGCACUGCGGACUUAGCCACAGUAGGUUAGCCACCACGGCGCAUUCACAUGAUGCUAUAGUUACUGCGGAUGCUGGGAAGACCAGGAGACUCAUGGGUCGUCAAGGCAGCAUUUUCAGUCACAUUCUCAUCCUCAGCAGGAAGUGCCACUUAAAGGUGUCUUAAUAUGUGAACCCUGCAAAAAAAAAAA